AUGUGUUUCAUUCUGUUCAUUAUCUAUCUAUCUAUCAUUCUAUCUAUCUCAUUCUGUUCUCUAUCUAUCUAUCUAUCUAUCUAUCUAUCUAUCUAUCUAUAUAUAUAUAUAUAUGUUUUUUCAGACGAUUAUAAGCUGGAUCAUUGGUAUUAUAUAUAUAUAUAUCUUUCGUUCUCUUUCUCUUUUUUCUUUCUCUUUCUCUUCUUUCUUUCUUUCUCUUCUUUCGUUCUCUUUCUCUUCUUUCUUUCUCUUCUUUCUUUCUCUUUCCCUUCUUUCGUUCUCUUUCUCUUCUUUCUUUCUCUUUCUCUUCUUUCUUUCUCUUCUUUCUUUCUCUUUCUCUUCUUUCUUUCUCUUCUUUCGUUCUCUUUCUCUUCUUUCUUUCUUUCUCUUCUUUCGUUCUCUUUCUCUUCUUUCUUUCUCUUCUUUCUUUCUCUUUCUCUUCUUCCUUUCUUCAUUCUCUUCUUUCUUUCUCUUUCUUUUUCUUUCUUUCUUUCUCUUUUUCUUCUCUUUCUCUUCUUUCUUUCUUUCUUUUCUUUCUCUUUUUUCUUUUCUUUUCUUUCUUUUCUCUUUCUCUUCUUCCUUUCUCUUCUUUCUUUCUCUUCUUCCUUUCUCUUUCUCUUCUUUCUUUCUCUUCUUUCUUUCUCUUUCUCUUCUUCCUUUCUCUUCUUUCUUUCUCUUCUUCCUUUCUCUUUCUCUUCUUUCUUUCUCUUCUUUCUUUGUCUUUCUCUUCUUUCUUUCUCUUCUUUCUUUCUCUUUCUCUUCUUUCUUUCUCUUCUUUCUUUCUCUUUCUCUUCUUUCUUUCUCUUCUUUCGUUCUCUUUCUCUUCUUUCUUUCUCUUUCUCUUCUUUCUCUUUCUCUUCUUUCUUUCUCUUCUUUCGUUCUUUUCUCUUCUUUCGUUCUCUUUCUCUUCUUUUUCUCUUUCUCUUCUUCCCUUUCUCUUCUCUUCUUUCUUUCUUCUGUCUUUCUCUUUCUCUUUCUUUCUCUUCUUUCGUUUCUUUUCUUUCUUUCUUUCUCUUCUUUCUUUCUCUUCUUCCUUUCUCUUUCUCUUCUCUUUCUCUUCUUCCAUUUCUUUCCUUCUUUUCGUUCUCUUUCUCUUCUUUCUUUCUCUUCUUCCUUUCUCUUUCUCUUCUUUCUUUCUCUUCUUUCUUUCUCUUUCUCUUCUUUCGUUCUCUUUCUCUUCUUUCUUUCUCUUCUUUCGUUCUCUUUCUCUUCUUUCUUUCUCUUUCUCUUCUUUCUCUUUCUCUUCUCUCUUUCUCUUAUUUCGUUCUCUUUCUCUUCUUUCUUUCUCUUUCUCUUCUUUCUUUCUCUUUCUCUUCUUCCUUUCUCUUCUUUCUUUCUCUUCUUUCUUUCUCUUCUUUCUUUCUCUUUCUCUUCUUUCUUUCUCUUCUUUCUUUCUCUUGCUCUUCUUUCUUUCUCUUCUUUCUUUCUCUUUCCCUUCUUUCGUUCUCUUUCUCUUCUUUCUUUCUCUUCUUUCUUUCUCUUUCUCUUCUUCCUUUCUCUUCUUUCAAUCUCUUCUUCCUUUCUCUUUUUUGUUUUUCUUUCUUUCUUUCUCUUCUUUCUUUCUCUUCCUUUCUUUCUCUUCUCUUCUUUCUUUUCUUUCUCUUCUUUCUUUUCUCUUCUUUCUUUCUUCUUUCUUUCUCUUUCUCUUCUUUUUCUUUCUCUUCUUCCUUUCUUUCUUUCUCUUCUUCCUUUCUCUUUCUCUUCUUUCUUUCUCUUCUUUCUUUCUCUUUCUCUUCUUUCUUUCUCUUCUUUCUUUCUCUUCCCUUCUUUCGUUCUCUUCUUUCUUUCUCUUUCUCUUUUUCUUUCUUUUCUUUUCUUUCUCUUUCCCUUCUUUCGUUCUCUUUCUCUUCUUUCUUUUCUUCUUUUCUCUUUCUCUUGUUUCCUUUCUUCUUUCUUUCUCUUCUUUCUUUCUCUUUCUCUUCUUUCUUUCCUCUUCUUUUUUUCUCUUUCUCUUUCUUUCUUUCUCUUCUUUCUUUGUCUUUUCUCUUCUUUCUUUCUCUUUCUUCCUUUUCUCUUUCUCUUCUUUCUUUCUCUUCUUUCUUUCUCUUUCUCUUCUUUCUUUCUCUUCUUUCUUUCCUUUCCCUUCUUUCAUUCUCUUUCUCUUUUUCUUUCUCUUCUUUUUUCUCUUUCUCUUUCCUUUCUCUUCUUUCUUUCUUCUUCCUUUCUCUUUCUCUUCUUUUUCUUUCUCUUCUUUCUUUGUCUUUUUCUCUUCUUUCGUUUUCUUUCUCUUCUUUCUUUCUCUUCUUUCUUUCUCUUUCUCUUCUUUCUUUCUCUUCUUUCUUUCUCUUUCCCUUCUUUCGUUCUCUUUCUCUUUUUCUUUCUCUUUCUCUUCUUUCUUUCUCUUCUUUCGUUCUCUUUCUCUUCUUUCUUUCUCUUCUUUCUUUCUCUUUCUCUUCUUUCUUUCUCUUCUUUCGUUCUCUUUCUCUUCUUUCUUUCUCUUCUUUCUUUCUCUUUCUCUUCUUUCUUUCUCUUCUUUCUUUCUCUUUCUUCUUUUUUCUCUUCUUUCUUUCUUCUUUUUUUUUCUUUCUCUUUCUUUCUUUUCUUCUUUUUCUUUUUCUUUCUUCAUUCUUUCUUUCUUUCUUUCUCUUUCUCUUUUUCUUUCUCUUCUUUCUUUCUCUUUCUCUUCUUUUCUUUUCUUUUCCUUCUUUCUCUUUCUUUCUUUUUCUUUCUUUCUUCUUUCAUUCUUUCUCUUCUUCUUUUCUCUUCUUUCUUUUUUUCUUCUUCCUUUCUCUUUUUCUUUCUCUACUUCCUUUCUCUUUCUCUUCUUCUUUCUCUUCUUUCUUUGUUUUCUCUUCUUUUUUUUCUCUUCUUUCUUUCUCUUUCUUUCUUUCUCUUUCUUUCGUUCUCUUUCUCUUCUUUUUUUCUUUUUUUCUUUUCUCUUCUUUCGUUCUCUUUCUCUUCUUUCUUUCUCUUCUUUCUUUCUCUUUCUCUUAUUUUUCUUUUCUUCUUUCUCUUUCUUUCUUUCUUCUUCUUUCGUUCUUUUCUCUUCUUUCUUUUCUCUUUCUCUUCUUUCUUUCUCUUUCUUUCUUUCUAUUUCUCUUCUUUUUUUCUUCUUUCUUUCUUUCUCUUCUUCUUUCUUCCCUCUUUCUCUUCUUUCUUUCUCUUCUUUCGUUCUCUUUUUCUUUCUCUUCUUUCCUUUUCUUUCUCUUCUUUCUUUCUCUUUCUUUCUUUCUUUCUCUUCUUUGUUUGUCUUUCUCUUCUUUCUUUCCCUUCUUUUUUUCUCUUUCUCUCUUGUUCUUUCCUCUUCUUUCUUUCUCUUUCUCUUCUUUCUCUUCUUUCUUUGUUUUUUCUUUUCUCUUCUUUCGUUCUCUUUCUCUUCUUUCUUUUUCUCUUCUUUCUCUUUCUUUUUCUUUCUUUCUCUUCUUUCUUUUCUUUUAUUUCUUUCUCUUUCUCUUCUUUCUCUUUCUCUUCUUUCUUUUCUUUCUUUCUUUCUCUUUGUUUUCUUUCUUUCUCUUCUUUCUUUCUUUCUUUCUUUCUUUCUUUCUUUCUCUUCUUUCUUUCUUUUUUUCUCUUCUUUCUUUCUCUUUUUUCUUUCUUUCUUUCUCUUCUCUUCUUUCUUUCUCUUCUUUCUUUCUCUUCUUUUCUUUCUCUUCUUCCUUUCUCUUCUUUCAAAUCUCUUCUUCCUUUCUCUUUCUCUUCUUUCUUUCUCUUCUUUCUUUUGUUUUUCUCUUCUUUCUUUCUCUUCUUUCUUUCUCUUUCCCUUCUUUCGUUCUCUUCUUUCUUUCUCUUUCUCUUCUUCCUUUCUCUUCUUUCUUUCUCUUCUUUCUUUCUCUUCUUUCUUUCUCUUUCUCUUCUUUCUUUCUCUUCUUUCUUUCUCUUUCUCUUCUUUCUUUCUCUUCUUUCUUUCUCUUUCUCUUCUUCCUUUCUCUUCUUUCUUUCUCUUCUUCCUUUCUCUUUCUCUUCUUUCUUUCUCUUCUUUCUUUCUCUUUCUCUUCUUUCUUUCUUCUUCUUUCUUUCUCUUCUUUUCUUUCUUUUUCUUUUCUUUCUCUUUCCAGCCUUGUUUCUUCUCUUUCUCUUCUUUCUUUCUCUUUCUCUUUCUUUCUCCCUCUUUCUUUCUUUCUUUCUUUCUCUUUCUUUCUUUCUCUUUCUCUUCUUUCUUUCUCUUCUUUCUUUCUCUUCUUUUUCUUUCUCUUCUUUCUUCUUCUUUCUUUGAUCUUCUUUCUUUCUCUUUUUCUUUCUUUUUCUCUUUCUUUCUUUCUCUUCUUUCGUUCUCUUUCUCUUCUUUCUUUCUCUUCUUUCGGCUUUCUUUUUUUCUCUUCUUUCUUUCUCUUUCCCUUCUUUCGAUCUCUUUCUCUUCUUUCUUUCCUUCUUUCGUUCUCUUUCUCUUCUUUCUUUCCCUUCUUUCUUUCUCUUUCUCUUCUUCCUUUCUCUUCUUUCUUUCUCUUCUUCCUUUCUCUUUCUCUUCUUUCUUUCUCUUCUUUCUUUCUCUUUCUCUUCUUUCGUUCUCUUUCUCUUCUUUCUUAUCUUUCGUUCUCUUCUUUCUUUCUUUUCUUCCAAUUUAUCCGAGACCUCCAAGAAAAAUUGGAUUUAUUGAUGUCCACAUGUUUUGUAACUAUUUACACUAUUUACAUCGUUAUGACUGUUGACAUCAUCUUUCUCUUUCGGUCUCUUCUUUCUUUCUCUUUCUCUUCUUUAUUUUUCUCCUCUCUUUCUCUUCUCAUGUUCUCUUCUUUCUUUCUCUUUCUCUUAUUUCGUCCUCUUCUUUCGUUCUCUUCUUUCACUUUCGCUUUCUCUUAUUUUGUUCUCUUCUUCCUUUUCUUUCUUUCUCUUGUUUCCUUCUCUUCUUUCUUUCUCUUGUUCCUUUUCUUUCUUUCUCUUCUUUCCUUCUCUUCUUUCUUUCUCUUCUUUCUUUUCUUUCUUUCUCUUUCUCUUUCUCUUCUUUCGUUCUCUCCCUUCUUUCCUUCUCUUUCGUUCUAUUCUUUCGUUCUUUUCUUUCUCAUCUUUCUUUCUCUUCUUUCUUUUCUUUCUUUCUUUUUCUCUUUCUCUUUCGUUCUCUUCUUUCUUUUCUUUCUCUUUCUCUUUCUCUUCUUUCGUUCUCUUCUUUCUUUUUUUUCUCUUUCUCUUUCUCUUCUUUCGUUCUCUUCUUUCUUUUCUUUCUCUUUCUCUUCUUUCGUUCUCUUCUUUCUUUCUCUUCUUUCUUUCUUUAUCUUCUUUCCUUCACUUCUUUCAUUUUCUUUUUUCGUUCUCUUUUUCAUUCUCUUCUUUCUUUCUCUUCUUUCGUUCUCUUUUUCUCCUUCCGUUCUCUUCUUUCGUUCUCUUCUUUCUUUUCUUUCUUUCUCUUUCUCUUUCUAUUCUUUCAUUAUCUUCCUUCAUCCUCUUCCUUCGUUUUCUUCUUUCAUUCUCUUCUUUCUUUCUUUCUUUCUUUCUUUCUUUUCUUUCAUUUUCUUCCUUCGUUCUCUUCUUUCAUUCUCUUCUUUCUUUCUCUUCUUUCCUUCUCUUUUUUCAUUUUGUUCUUUCGUUCUCUUUUUCUUUCUCUUCUUUCUUUCUCUUUUUUGUUCUCUUUCUUUCUUUCGUUCCCUUCUUAAUUCUCUUUCUUUCUCUUUUUGUCCUUCCGUUCUUUUCUUUCUUUCUCUUCUUUCUUUCUCUUCUUUCUUUCUCUUCUUUCUUUCUUUUUUUUCUUUCAUACUUUCGUUACUGUUGUUAACCAAAUUUCUGAAUUCUCUCUCUCUCUCUCUCUCUCUCUCUCUCUCUCUCUCUCUCUCUCUGUCUCCACCCUUUUCUCAACCUCGAUUCUUAAGGCAGAGAUUUGGUAUACCAAUGUAG